AUGUUCUUCUCGCAACCCCCUCACCUCGCCAAGGCGGAGGAGCUCAAGCAGGAGCCUCCCAAAGGCACUCCCUACUCUGUCGCCCUCCCCGGCUCCGAGAAGCCCGGCCGCAGCCGGGUGUACCGGGCAUGGAACUCGCAGAAGGAGCUGCUGCAGACCUUGGAUCCCCAGGUCUUGACGGCGCAUGACAUGUUCGAGUCAACUGCCAAUCGCCAACCCAAGAACCACUGCCUGGGAUGGCGCCCAUUCAACCCCACCACCAAGACUUUCGACCAGUACCAGUGGAUCAACUACGAGACUGUGCAGAAGCGCCGUGCCGCCUUUGGCGCAGGUCUGGUUGAGCUGCACCACAAGCACAACUGCCAUCGCUCGGGCCAGUAUGGCAUUGGUCUCUGGUGCCAGAACCGCCCAGAGUGGCAGAUUACCGAUCUGGCCUGUAUGUCCCAGGGUCUCUAUUCCGUCUCCAUCUACGAUGUCCUGGCCGCGGAUGCCACCGAAUACAUUAUCAACCAUGCGGAGCUGAACUGUGUGGUCACUUCUUUGCCGCAUAUCCCGACGCUGCUCAAGCUCAAGUCUUCUCUGCCGAACCUUAAGAUGAUUGUCAGUCUGGACCCGCUGGAUGCCGGCGAGCAAGAUGGCCACUCGAAGCGGGCGCUGCUAGAGUCGAUGGCGGCCGGUCAAGAUCUGGUCAUCUACACCAUGGACCAGGUGGAGGAGCUAGGCCUCGCAUCCAAGCGCGGGUACAGCCCUCCGUCGCCGUCGGACGUUGUCACCAUCAACUAUACUUCGGGCACAACAGGCCCCCCUAAGGGUGUAGUCUUGACACACGGAAGUGCCGUGGCUGCCACAUCUGCUGGUCUGAUGACUGUUGGCCAGGCCCGCGGUGACACCAUGUGCUCGUACCUUCCGCUGGCCCACAUCUACGCUCGUCUUGCUGAGCACACAGCUUUGUGGGGCGGCGCGCGCAUCGGCUACUUUCACGGCAACAUUGUGGAGCUGGUCGAUGACCUGAAGCUCUUGAAGCCCACAGGGUUUAUGUCCGUCCCACGCCUCUAUAGUCGUUUUGGCACUGCUGUGCGUGCUGCAACAGUCGAGGCUCCAGGCUUCAAGGGUGCCAUGUCUCGGCAUAUCGUCGCAGCCAAGACUGCCAACCUGAAGAACUCUGAUCCCUCCAAGGCCACCGUGCAUCACGCUCUUUACGAUCGUAUCUGGGCCAAGAAGGUGGCCGCUGCUCUGGGACUGGAACGCGCGAAAUACAUGGUGUCGGGCUCAGCGCCCCUGGACCCGACUCUGCACAACUUCCUGCGUGUGGCUACCGGUACCGAUGUCCUCCAGGGCUACGGCCUGACCGAGACCUAUGCCUGCGCCACGGCCCAGUCGGACCGGGACCUGACGGCUGGCAACUGCGGUCGCCUCGCUCCUUGCGUGGAGGCCUGUCUAGUGUCUCUGCCAGACAUGGAGUACUAUGUGGAAGACAAGCCGUACCCGCGCGGAGAGUUACUUCUGCGCGGCAACAAUUUGUUCCGGGAAUACUUCAAGAAUCCGGAGGAGACAUCCAAAGCGGUGACCGAGGACGGCUGGUUCCGCACUGGCGAUGUUUGCACCAUUGACGAGAUGGGCCGCUUCACCAUCAUUGACCGCCGCAAGAACGUGCUCAAGCUUGCUCAAGGCGAGUACAUUUCCCCCGAGCGGCUGGAGGGUGUCAUCCUCUCGGAGCUGGGUUAUAUCGCCCAGGCCUAUGUGCAUGGUGACAGUGUGCAGAACUUCCUGGUCGGUAUUUUCGGUGUUCAGCCGGACAUGUUUGCCCCGUUCGCCAGCAAGGUCCUGGGCCGCUCCAUCGCUGCCACCGACCUGGAUGCCAUCAAGACGGCUCUGGAUGACGAUAAGAUCCGGCGGGCUGUGCUACGUGAUCUUGAGAAGGUUGCCAAGAAGCACAAGCUGGCUGGCUACGAGCGUGUCCGGAACUGUGCGAUCAAGGUUGAACCGUUUUCGGUUGAGAACAACCUGCUCACCCCGACUCUCAAGCUCAAGCGUCCUCCCACGGCCAAGGCAUUCCGUCCGCUCCUGGACCAGCUCUAUGCCCAGGCUUUGGAGGAGGAGUCAGCACCCAAGGCCAAGCUGUAG